AUGGGUCAAACCCCCUCUAUCCCACAACCCGGCACCAAGAUCCAAGUCAUCGGCGCGGGUCUCUCCCGCACCGGCACCGCUUCCUUCAGCGCCGCCUUGGACAUCCUUCUCGACGGCCCCAUCUACCAUGGCGGUACGCAAACCACCAUUGGACCUCCCGAGGAGAUCAAAUCAUGGAUCACGAUCCUGAAGCACCUCCAAAGCGAAACGCCCGACGACCGCCAGAAAGCUCUCACCCUCAUGGAGCGCCGACUGGACGGAUAUGCCGCCAUCACCGACGCCCCCGGGCAGCCAAUUGGUCCCCGAGCUAUUGCACCUGAUCUAGCGCGGUUGUGGUUCCUACGGGCGGUGCUUCUCCCGCUACCGGGUAUGAGACAUUUCGUGGACUAUAUCAGCUUGAUCACCGUGCAAUGGCGGAAAGUAUAUGGGACGCAUGGGAGGCCGGGGCCAGCGUAUCACAAGCAUAUCGCUUGGUUGAAAGAGAUUGUUCCGGAGGAUCGGCUGGUGUUCGUCGAUGUGAAGGAUGGUUGGGGACCCCUGUGCAGGGCUCUGGGGAAGGAAGUCCCUAAGGAUAUACCAUUUCCGCGCAUCAAUGACUCUGAGGCGAUCAAUCGGACGGCGAAGCAGCAUAUUCGGCGGGGGUUGAUUCGGUGGGUCGGGAUACUCGCGGCGGUAGGUGUUGUGUUUGCGGUGUACGUUUUGCGCAGAUAG